UAGUAACUGACACAAAUACUUAAGCUUAGCUCUUCCCCAGCAGCUAAGUGAGACCGCAGCUCCAUCCAUGGUUGAGUCUCACCGUUGCACCAGCGUCGCCUCCGAGCUGGAGGGCACACUCCUCGUCUCCGGCGGCCUCUUCCCCUACUUCCUCCUCGUCGCGCUCGAGGCCGGCGGCCCGCUCAGGGCCGCCAUCCUGCUCAUCGUGUAUCCUCUCGUCGCCCUGCUCGGCGCCGUCUUCUCCGACGACCUCCCUCUCCUCGUCAUGACCUUCGUGUCUACCUGCGGCCUCGGCGCCAGCGACGUGACGGCGGUGGCAAGGGCCACGCUGCCCAGGUUCUUCCUGGCAGACGUCCGGGGAAGCGCGUUCCGGGCCUUAGCGCGCCACCCUGGCGAAAAGUACGUCGUGACGCGCCUGCCGAGGCUCAUGGCAGAACCGUUCGUGAAGGAGUACCUCGACGCCGACGUCCGCGUCGUCGGGAAGGAGCUGGUGGUGGUUGGGAGGCGGUUCUCCGGCACGGUGGCCUCGCCGGGCGUCGCGGCUGGCGAUCGGAGCCUGGGAGCUCUGGUGGCAUUUCUCGGGCGCGACCGGAUCAUCGACGUCGGGCCCGGCUCCGGCUCUGCCGGAGACCGGAAGCCGGCGUUCUUGCAUGUAUGCCAGGAGCGCCGCGUGGUGUCCACGCCGGAGAAGGCGACGACGACGCUUCUGCCGAGGAGCGAGUACCCCCGGCCGCUGGUUUUCCACGACGGCCGCCUCGUCUGCCGGCCCGACCCGCUCGCCUGCCUCGCCAUUGUCUUGUGGCUCCCACUCGGCGUGCUCCUAUCAGUGACACGCCUCCUCCUCGGCUUCCUCCCCCACGGCGCCGGCCUCCUCCUCGCCGCGGCCACCGGCUUCCAGAUGAGAGCCGAGCUCGGCGACUCAACGACGGAGGCGGCGGAUCGCCGAGGCACACUGUACGCGUGCAACCACCAGACGCUGAUGGACCCGGUGAUCCUCUCGACGGUGCUGCGCCGGAAGGUGACCGCCGUGACGUACAGCCUCUCCAGCUUCUCGGAGCUGAUCGCGCCGAUAUCGACUGUCCGGCUGACACGCGACCGCGGCAGGGACCGUCAGAUCAUGCAGUCCGCGGUCGCGCGUGGCGACCUGGUGGUCUGCCCGGAGGGCACCACCUGCCGGGAGCCGUACCUCCUCCGGUUCAGCCCGCUGUUCGCCGAGAUCGCCGGCGAGGUCACGCCGGCCGCUGUCCGGGCUGGCGGCGCCAUGUUCCAAGGCUCGACGGUGCGAGGGCACAAGUGGCUGGACUCCGUCUUCUUCCUCAUGAACCCGACGCCGUGGUACGAGAUCCGGCUCCUCGCGCCGGUGGCUACCUGUGGCGGCGCCAGCGCGUCGAGCCGCGACGUGGCAAACAGCGUCCAGUGUAUGAUCGGAGACGAGCUUGGGUUCGAGUGCACCGGGCUGACGCGCAGGGACAAGUACCGGAUGAUCGCCGGCCACGACGGCGUCGAUGCGAGGUCAUCGUCGUCGUCGUCGUCGUAGCUGGAGCUUGAAUGAGUACGCAAGCAAUGCAUGCCGUGCAUCGCAGACGUACGUUUCUUACUGUUAUACCGUUACCAGCACUGAACGCGUGUUAUUUGUGAGAAAUCUUAGCUAUUUGGGAUUUGCAUUAUAUAUGCCGGUAUCCUGCAAUAUUAAAAUUUACUGAAACUCA